AUGCGGCUGCUACGCCCUCUAUGGUGCAUUCUAAGCUCUAUCUUUGCUGCUGACCCAUUUGUCGUGGAAGUUGGCAGAGAACCUCGCGCAAAUUCGAGAGAUGCAAUUACGGCCUUGGCUGACAGACUCCUCGAAGCAGAAAACAACAUCGCCAAGAUCAGCAACAACCAGAAACAACAAACAACAGAUCUGAACAAUUUUCAUUAUCAGAAAAACGAGAACGAAGUGCGCCUUAUCAAUCUCGAGAAGAACUUACAGAGUCUUGAGUCUGGCCUACAAACCUGCCUCGAAGCUGGAAAAUCGAACAGAAACGCACAAGAAUCGCUGAGAAAAUUAAUUCGAAACAAGUUCAAAGGAGAGUCUACUAGGACCAAGAUGAUAAAUAACAAGAUCAAUCGUCUGGAAACAAAAGAUGACUUCAUGAGCGUUCUUGCCGAGUUGGAAAACCGCGUCGAAAUGAUCGAAAACUACCGAGAGAAAGUUCUGAAGCCAGAAAUAACGGAGAAUCUUCGAAAAAUGGAGAUCAAAAUCGAACAAGUCGAGGAGAAUAUUUCAUCAAUCCCUCAAACGAGCUCUACUCAAAAUAAUGAGGUCAACAAUGGAAAGUAUCAAGCAAUGCGUGAUCGACUAAGCCAGUUAGAAGGCACUCAAAACUCAAUAAAAGUCAAUUACGAGAAACUUAUUGAGCAGUCCAAGUACAUGAGCGAAGGAUAUGCACAAAAAUUCUACGUGAGCAAGGAACUAUCAAGGCUGAACGACACGCUGACUCGAGAAAUCAACGAGGUGAAAUUCUCCAUGGCUCAAAUGGACGACUGCUGCUUGAGAAAAGACCCUUCAGAAGCUGAGCCAGUUGCGGCGGACUAUCUUUACGAUGAAAAAUUCAGCGACAUUGAUGACAAAAUCAGAGACAUUUAUGAAAGAAUAAACUUCAGAUUCAACAACGCCGAGUCCACCCACUCCCAUUCCUAUCUAGAAGGCGUCAUUCAGAAACUCGAGGACGACCUGAACGAGACGGUUCAAAACGUUUUCCGAAAUCGCACCCUCCUAAACAAUAAAAUUAACCAGAACUCGUUGCAGAUCGUCGCGCAGCAGAAGAAUAUCGACGACAUGAAAGAUCGGGAUUUGCAACGGGAGAAAAUGCUCUCAAUGCUGCAGUUUGACAUGAGCCAGAUCCGAUCCACGACGGAAAGCAACUCACUCAAGUUCCAAAAUCAAAUCACCUCGCUUGACCACGAAAACACGAAUUUGCGCAAUCAAUACCGAGAGAACUACUCCAAGCUUGUUUCGUUGAAUUCCAAGCUCAACUAUGCCGACAACUAUGCCGACGAGUUUAGUGAGCUAGAAAAGCUCAGUCGCGAUGCGAUCAUUCAAGCAUCGACGUUGAAGUCUCAAGUAGGCGUUUUCCAAAACCGCUUGAGUGACAUGAAUUUGACCAUGUUUACGCAUUUGUACGCUCACGACAAAACUGUGGACUCCGUUUCGAGAGAUAUUCAACAAAUGAAGAGCAGAUUAGAGCAGCAAAAAGACUCGCUUUCCUCGACGAUCCAAGAAGUCCAAGUUGAACAGGGUGAAUUGAGCGACAAGUUACGCGCGCUAACGAGUCGAAUCGCCGAUGGAUUCUCGCUGAAUGAAGAAGAAGUUGCUCGGAUCCAGCAGAGUAUGCAUCACUUGGCGACCAAUACUAAUUUCGCCUCUGACUCGGACGAGAUUACGAUUUUAAAGAGCAACUUGAAUCAAGUGCAAGUUACGCUUAGUGCGCAAGGAAGCUCUAUUCAAGACAUCAAAAACGAACAAAAUACGAUUCUCGAGCGAGUCCUUCUCGUCGAAACCAGCGAUAGUGAUGAUAGUGCUCCUGAUUUAAGAAUGAACACAACGAUUUUCGCGAAAGAGGUGGAACUCAAGGCGGAUGCGCGAGUAGUUUACGAUGAUUUCGCAGCAAAAUAUUUGGAAAUCGUCGACUCAUUGAGGGAUCUGAAUGUACGUAACUCGCAGAUUCAACAGAUGCUUUCUACAGUACAGGAGUCCCGACAAUCUACUAGCUACAACGCAGUUCUCGACAAAAUCGACAGUCUCGACAGUGCAAUUUCAAGCUUGAACUCGACGACAGAAGACCUCUACGAUAAAAUUGAGGAGCUCGAGACAAACACAACUGAAAAGCUCUACAGAUUAGAAGACACCAUUUCUCCCAGAUUCUCGAAUCAUCGAUCGAUGGUCCCGUCCGCCGAGUUGCAGCAGCUCCAAAAUAUAGUGGAGAGGCAUUCGCGACGAAUCAAUGAAAUUUUUGUUAAAGUCAGCUCUGAAACUGCUUCUGCAGAUGACCUGGAGGAUUUGAGAGACGCAGUCAGUGACAGCGACCUUAGUGACACUGUUCAAGAGCUAGCAUCGACCCUGACAAGGCUCCAAAGCGAAAUGCUCGUCGGAAACGAUCUGGAAAGGCUCUCGACUCGUGUGAAGGGAAUACAAGACAAGUUUCACCGAUUCCAGUCGACCAAUCGCCUGGCGAUGAGCGAUCUGAAAAGGGCAGUUGAAAAUGCCAAGAACGAAAGAGGAGGCAUCAGCAACGCAAAUGGAGAUAACGAUGAUGACUUCAAUUCUAGCCCAGGAGUAGCUAGUAAAUUGCGACGGCUGGGAAUCACCGUGAGCAACCUAAGUAACAAGCAGAAGAGAAUCAUCGAAGGGUUCAACAAUCAAUCCAAAUUCCUCAAAGAAGGACUAGACAGGAUAGGAGAGUUGGAGAACUCCUGCUGCACUGCAGGGGACAUCGAUAGUGAUUAUACCGAUUAUGACUCGCCAUCUUCCUCCUCCUCCUCCUCUUCGUCGAGCAACUGA